UGUGAAAAUCGGCUCAAUUUUCUUCUUAAAUUGAGCUGAGUUGGUUUUAGUUGUGAUUAUUACUGGAAAAAGAUUUUGGUGAAAAAGAGUGAUGCACUGAGCAAUGGCACUUAAGAUGCCAGCUCCAAAGGCGGCUGAGAUUGCCAUAGGGAUAGGGUCCAUUGGAUGUGGUUAUGAUAUUGGAACGGAUCUUCGGCUGAAGUACUGUAAAGGGAAUAAUUCGAAAGAUUCGUGUCUUUUUGAGAUUGAUGAAGAUGGGGGCCAUGAGAUUGUUUUUCCAGGUGGAAUUUCAAUACCCAAUGUGUCCAAGUCAAUAAAAUGUGAUAAAGGGGAGCGCACACGAUUUAGGUCUGAUAUUCUCUCUUUCCAACAGAUGUCAUAGCAAUUCAACCAAGAAAUAUCUUUGACUGGAAAAAUACCUUCAGGCCUCUUCAAUUCCAUGUUUGAAUUCUCUGAUUGUUGGUAAAAAGAUGCUGCUAAUACCAAGACGCUUGUUUAUGAUGGGGUGUUCAUC